UUAUAGUACACCAUCCGUGUACACAAUUUACAUGUAACAGAAGGACAAGGUCAAAGUCUGGUUUACAUUCUUCUCCGUGUACCAAACUCAGUACCAGUCUACACAGGAGGGAUGUGUGUCAAAGCACCCACGGGCAAGUAAUGACGGUAGCUACAUCGUGCACAACCGACUUCCGUUGGUAACCGAGGUAUCAAAAAGUCCCAGAGUUACCUUGAAUCAGUAUCAACAUCAAGGAUUACAGUCUGCUAAAGUGCACAUGACAAUAAAGAAAUAUCAUGCUUACUGCGAGUCCUGAAGCAUUGGCUGGUAACGUCGUCUUAGUCGUAGCUGGGUGUUGUCUUAUCCUGCUAGUCUGGGUGUUCAUGUUAAAGCGUGCAAGAGCAGCAUGCAGGGACGUGGAAUCUGGAGGAUGCCACUUGACUGAUCUGAACUUACAGCAGUUGUCGAAACAAAUAUCCACCGGCUGGUUGGAGCUAGCUUUGCACCUUGGCUUCAAAGCCUGUGAUACUGAGGUAUAUCGGGCAGACAACAAAGAUAAUGUAUGUCAACAGGGCUUCAAAAUGUUGGUAGCCUGGCGUAACAAGCAAACUGACUACAAAUUAGCUUCUCGGAAAUUGAGGAAAGCUUUGAGCGAAGUAGGUCGUCAGGACGUGGUGCGAUUUAUGGAAACACUGAGUCAGACGGGACAGGCAGGGAGCAGCAAAAGACCGAAGACUGGACGCGGUGAUGCAGCUCAACGUGCUGCAGAUAAGUGUGAGGAGGUAUUGAGGAAUAUAUACGCGACAACAGGUAGCUAUGUACAGAUGCUCCCAUGGGUCGAUGAUGAUCAAAAACACAUUAUGGAAAUUUACACAAAGUUACAAUUAGAAAAGAGCGAUGAUGAUUUGAUGGGAGAGGUUACAUUGUUCGAGGAUAUAUUACGCAUCAAAACAAGAGAUGGGCAUCCAGUUAAAAGAGCAAUUUUGAGAGGAGGUCCGGGGAUGGGAAAAACCACUCUUUUUGACAAAGUUGCGUACGAUUGGGCGCUCGGUCAAAAUGACGCUCUGAAGAAAUACAAGCUUGUUUUUGUAUUGAAAAUGCACUCACUGAAACAGCAAUCGGAUCUGGUCGACGGACUAUUUGAUCAGCUAUUAGAUGAAACGAAAAUAAAUAAGGCAGAUUUGGCAUCUUUCAUUACAUCUCGAGCUAGCAAAAUCCUUUUUCUCUUGGAUGGCUUUGACGAAUUCACCACGGCUGAACGCGAACUAGACGAGAAGGAGUUUGGUUCGCUCCUCAAAAUGCUUAAUCGAAAGGGGGAGUACAAAGACUGUUGGGCAUUUGUAACUACCCGUCCCUCGCGAUUUGACAAUUUGACCAAGAAAUAUUUGAUUCAGAGGCCUUUCGCUCUCGUGAAUGUUUUGGGCUUCGACUGGAACGAUAUCAGGACAUACGUGGACAAAUUUUAUAUCAAAGAUCCUUCAAAGACGAUUGGUCUUCUUGAGAGAAUUGAGUCAUCGAAUGUACUAUCUGAUUUGGCUAAGAGCCCAAUGUUGCUGUUGUUAAUGUGUUUACUGUGGAGAGUGAAUUCCAACCUCCCUGACACCAUGUCCCACCUGUAUGACGAGGCUUUCCAUUACAUAUUCAAGCGAAAGAUAGUAGAUAUGUCGGCAAAACAGAUGUCAAGUCAUAUUGCUGCACUUGGUAAGGUUGCGUUUGAUGGUCUCUUUUCGUCAAAUCAAAAGCUUUCGUUUGAAGACGACGAUUUUGACUCCGACGUGUUUGAAAAAGCUAUUCAAGCUGGCAUCCUCACCAGCGAACGGGUCCAGAAGGAGAAAAGCCUCCAUAUUUUCAAAAAUGUUUACUUUAUCCAUAAGACAUUUCAGGAGUUCUGUGCUGGCAAAUACUAUCAAGGUUUGAAUGCAGAAGAAGCUGCAAAGAAAUGUGAAACAUUCGUUCACCAAAACCUUCAUCUUGGGGGUUUUGAGUAUCUAUUGCGCUUUUGCUGUGGUGACAAUUGCGGGCCAAACACCCAGUCAAUUUUACACAUGUUGUUAGAAAGAUAUGUGGAGAAGGGAAAUCUAGGGGAUGAAAGAUUAUGCAUAGCUUUGAAUUGCUUCUUUGAGAGUAGAAGUGAAAAACUUCCACCCAACAGGUUAAUCCAAUGUAUUUUAUCUAAUUCUCUCAUUUUAAGAGAUAUCAGAAGUGAUGUUCUGACAUCUUUCAUGUAUUUCCUCGACCGCGUGACUGACCCGACAAAAGGCGGGAGCAAAACUUUUCUUCACCGUGUGCUUCAACUGAAUACAUCAGGCAGUCGCGUUCAGCAAUUCGGAGAAGGGUUUGCACAUUACGUGAAAGAAAUGAGAUGUCUUCAUGAAUUUACUUUUGCUCAAAGUUCCUUCAGUGAAACAGAAGUUGCGAAAUGUCUUGAUAACAAACUGUUUUUGGCUAAGGUCAACAUAAGGGGUAAAGGACAUGAUGAAGCUGAAGAUUAUGGUGCCUUCGAUAUCGACGAUGUUUAUGGCUUCGAUAGCGAAAAUGGUAGUGACGUCGAUAUUGAAGAUGAUACAAACUUUGAUAACUCGGAGAUGACAUCGCUCGAUAGUAUCAUGGAACCUCUGAGUAGAGUUCCUAACCUCCAUGAACUGCAUCUGAGCUCGACGUCUUGCGGCUCAGUUAAUUUGUGGUCUUCCUUGGCAAAAAACAAACACCUUCAGAGAGUACACCUUGGAUACUGCGACUUUGCAGGGAAUGACAUUCCUCACAUUGCCGAUGCACUAGGUGAAAUGCCUAAACUUCGUGAUUUGGAUCUGUCAGGCUGUGGAUCGCUAGGUGGUUCAGGUGAGGCAUGGUCACACUUAGCGAAAAUAACGACCGUCCAGAAGGUCAACUUGGCAUGCUGCAAAUUGACGGGGGAUGAUAUUCCGCACAUUGCCAAGGCACUGUAUCAUAUGCCAAACCUGAUUCACCUAGAUAUAUCGGGCAACAACACCCUCCAUCACUCAGGACAGGCAUUGACUAACUUGGCUAAACUUAAUCACGUCCAGGUAGUAAAUGCUGGAAGCUGCAACUUGACAGAGGGUGACAUUCCUCAUUUUGCCGUUGCUCUGGGAAACAUGACAAAUCUUGUUGAAUUGGAUCUGUCUGGCAAUAGGAUACUAGGUGACUCAGGUGUUGCAUGGUACCACUUGGCAAAAAUGAAACACAUCCAGAAAGUGUAUUUGGGGAGCUGCAACUUGACUGCGGAUGACAUUCCACAUAUUGCCAACGCACUGACUGACAUGCCAACAUGUUGCGAAUUGGAUCUGUCAUUCAAUGGGAACCUUGCUGGUUCAGGAAAGGCAUGGUCCUCCUUGGCCGAAAUCAAAUACAUACAGAGAUUAAGUGUGGGGAGCUGCAACCUGACGGGGGAUGACAUCCCGCAUAUUGCCAGUGCACUGAGGAAGUUGCCACAACUUGUUGAACUGGAUCUGUCAGGCAAUGAGAUUCUUGGUGGCUGUGGUGCUGCAUGGUCUCACUUGGAAGAAAUCAAGCGUAUCCAGACAGUGCACCUAUCGAACUGCAACUUGACGUCGAAUGACAUUCCACAUAUUGCUAAGGCACUCCUCGAAAUGCCGAAACUUGUAGAAUUAGAUCUGUCUGGCAAUGGGACUCUAAGUGGGUCAGGUAGUGCGUGGUGUCACUUGGCAAAAAUAAGACAUAUCCAUAGAGUUGAUUUGGGGAACUGCGGUUUUACGGAAGAUGACAUUCUGUAUAUAACCGACGCACUGAGUGAAAUGCCAAAACUCACUGAAUUGGAUCUGUCCACUAGUGGGUCUGUCAUUGGCUCAAGUGAAGCUUGGUCCCACCUGGCAAAAAUAAAACACACACAAAAAGUGUUCCUACGGGAAUGCAGCUUGACAGAGGAUGCCAUUCUGCAUAUUGCAGGUGCUCUGAGUAAAAUACCGACGAUAAGUGAAUUGGAUCUUUCCAAAAAUGAGACCCUGGUUGGCUCAGGUGGCGCUUGGUGCCACUUAGCAAAAAUAAAACACACCAGGACAGUACGUUUGGAGGGAUGCAACUUGAUGGAGGAUGACAUCCCACACAUUGCAAAUGCCCUGAGUGAUAUGCCUAAACUUGAAGAACUGGAUCUUUCUGGCAACGAGACCCUUGGUGGCUCAGGUGAGACGUGGUCUCACAUGGCAAAGAUCAAGCAUAUCCAGAGAUUGAAGUUAGUGAGCUGCAACUUGACGGGACGUGACAUUCCCCAUAUUGCUGACGCACUGAGUGAUAUGCAGGAACUUGUUGAACUGAAUAUGUCGGGCAAUGGGACUUUGCUUGGCUCAGGUGGUGCGUGGUCUUCCUUGGCAAAAUUGAAACACAUAGACAAAAUAUGUUUGGAGGAAUGUAGCUUGAUUGAGGAUGACAUUCUGCACAUUGCCGACGCACUGAGUAAUAUCCCGACAAUAAGUGAACUGGAUCUGUCUAGUAACGAGACCCUCGGUAGCUCAGGUGAGUCAUGGUCUCACUUGGCAAAAAUCAAACAAAUCCAGAAAAUAGAUUUAUGGAGCUGCAACCUGAAGGGGGAUGACGUUGCACAUAUUGCAAGUGCGCUAAGUAAAAUGCCAAAUCUCACUGAACUUGAUCUGUCCGGUAAUGUGAGCCUUCGUGGCUCUUGUGGCGCAUGGUCUGAACUGGCCACAGUAAAACACAUCAAGAAGGUGAACUUGAGAGAGUGUAACCUGACGGGGGAUGACAUGCCGCAUAUUGCAGAUGCACUAAGUAAUCUGUCAGAUCUUGUUACAUUGGAUCUAUCUGGAAACCCAGCGCUCAGUAGCUCAAGUGAAGGAUGGUCUUACUUUGCGAAGAUUAACCGUAUACAGAAAGUAUGUUUACAGAAAUGUAACUUGACGGGGGAUGACAUUCCACGUAUUGCCGACGCACUAAAGAAUGUCCCGGCACUUGAAGAAUUGGACCUUUCGUACAAUGUCUCCCUCAGUGGCAUAGGCGAGAAAUCGUCACACUUGUUGAAACUUGGCCACAUUCAGAAAGUUAAUCUUGGGAGCUGCAAUCUGACAAGGAAUGACAUUCCGCAGGUUGCAGAUACACUGGGUAAAAUGCAGAGACUUGUUGAAUUGGACCUGUCAGGCAACGAAACUCUUGGUGGCUCGGGUGAUACGUGGUUUCACUUGGCCAAAAUUGGGCACCUGCAGAACUUAGAUUUGGGGAGCUGCAACUUGACGGGGGGAGACAUUCCACAUAUUACCAAUGCACUAAACAAAAUGCCAAAACUUGUUGAAUUGGAUUUAUCUGCCAAUGAAACUCUUGUCGUCUCCGAAAGUUUUUGGUCUAACCUGGCAAAUAUAAAACUGACCCAGCAACUCAAAUUGAAGAACUGCAGAUUAACGGGGCACGACAUCAGGCAAAUGGCUGAGGCACUGAAAGUAUCAGCAACCUCGUUGAAUUGGAUCUGUCAGGGAAUACGACUCUUUCUGGCUCAAAUGAAUCAUUGCUUUCCUUGUUGGAGAUCAAAAAUCUUCAAAGGCUUUCUUUGAAAGGAUGCCUUCUGACGGAUGACGACAGAGCGAGACUUACUGCAGCUAAGAGUCUAAAUUUGGAAUUAGGGUUUUAACUUUCUCAGUAAUAGCUUGAAGGCACAUUGCGUUAACCACACACCUGUAAGAAAAUGUUUCCGGGGAAAUUUUUGCACACCAAUUCCACCAAAGCUGAAAGGAUUAGUGUGUAAGUAAUAUGCAUAACUCUUCUAUUUGAAACGCACGCCUGUAACGCUUGUUGACAAACAGUGAGUGAUUGCGUCAUCAGCCAAUUCAUCAUCAAUUUACAUGAGAACCCCGUCAACGGCGUCAAGUAGAGAGGCGGGUCUAAAAAAAAAGUGAUACAAGGUAUGGGGCGGAGUGAACCCUCCCCUGCCUUUGUGUUGGUCAUUGUUUGAUCCAAAUCUCAGGAAUUCCUUACAGACUUCUGGGGGGAUGUUGUAGGUAACUAUGGUCUGGAGUGUGUAUUGGGAUAGGACUUGAGUGGGGUACCCAUCGGCUCCGUAUCGUGCACAGUAUCAAAAAGAAGGGGAAAAAGUUCGCACGUCAAGGUCUCACGUGAAUUGAUUUUAUUCACUAUUUUGUGCUUCUCAAUCAACUUUGUGACGGGAGGAAGUGUGCAGUGUGCGGUAUGCUGUCCAAAAGGAUGAUAAUUUGCGCGGUUAAAUUAAUUGCUUCUUUUCCUCGUGCACCAAGCCUAUAGAAGGAAAGACUUCCGCCAGUUGCAUGACACAUCUACGUUUGAAUCUAGCUAUACCUGUUUGUUAAUCCUCACAUUAUAAUAUUUUCCUCUCACAAAACAUAAACAAAAAUAACUGCAGCAAGCACACUUAAUAUUUAUGAUUAGCUAAAGCAUCCAUAAUACCUUUAUUUGUAUAUUUUCAGUCAUGUCUAGUGAAAUGUUGAAUGUCACAGGUGUGCCUCAGUUACAUUUUUCCCUUACAAUACCAAAGAAUUUAUAGAACGGGUUUUGCCCUUACCCAACGUAUACAUUAAAAAAUACAUCUUGAAAAACAAAUAAUACAUAUCGAAAAAACCAAAGAAGGUAGACGUUUUACACGAAAGUGCUUAAAAAAUUGCUCGAAUGCCAUUAUUCUUAAAAGUUUUGGCUUUUUAAUGGAGCUAACUCGUAUAGUUACUUUCCAAUUAUGCCAAUACGGAUUUCAUUCACCAAACAGCCAAGGAUGCUUAAAGACAAUGAUAUUCACAUGUUUGGCAUUAUGUUAGGGGGAAGAGUUUCCAACAGUUCGCUUGUUAUCACAUAUUUGUUUUUGAAUAGGAUCUUGAUUCCGGAGGCUUGGUUUCCACUGAGAUUCUUGAUUUGCUUAUGGCUUGGUGCAUUUUGUGGGAAGUAAAUUAGCUUCGGCAAUAAUACUGUAAUAGCUAGUGAAGAAUUGUCAGGAAUUGGAUACAGACUCAGAUGAUUGACAAACCUAUAAAUGAAGGAGAAAUUAGCAUUGCAAUACAAUUGCAUCCGCAUCCAACAUUAUGAUUUACAACGUGCCGAGUCGAUCGCAAAGGUAGAAAGCAAAUAUAAUUAAAACGUAUCCUUUAAAAACACUGUUCCAAAUCCUGCUGUGAUACUUAGAUGACUAUUUAAAACAGAGUUUUUAUAACCCUAUUGAAUUAUCUAAAUUACUGUAAUGAUAUACUAUUGCCUCCUGAGGAUUAUUUCAUACUUCGUAUUGCUGCUUAUGUAAAAAUGUGUAUAUUUAUAGUGACUGUAAUUGUAAGUUAUUGCAUUGUGUCUUUUAUCAUGAAAAAGGUCUCUGAGAACUCUCAUAAUAUAAUUUUGUUCGGAAAGGUUAUAGGAAUCGGCUGACAUUUAUAAUUAUGUGUUGAUAUUUCACGUGUGGAAAUAGAUAAUUCCAAUCCAGUGUGACUUUUGAAGUUAAGGGCUUUGACUGAAGGCAAUAGGCCCGAACAAGAUGAAAAGAGUGCUAGUAAUGUCUUACUAUAUAAUACAUCGUUUCUCUUGUGGAUGUGACAAAAAGAUCAACCAACACCUAUUAUAAGUUACAAGCUAUGCCAUAUCAUAAAAAUUAAAUGCUUGCACAAAAUUUUGUAAACAUUUAUAAGAUAUCACUUCAAGAUAAAUGCAAAACGAACAACUGCUUUUGUUGAAUGAAAGAUUAGAAUUUACCACUUUAAUUUGUUAACAUAGGUUUUGUUAUCUUAACUAGCGCAGGAAGGUGUACUUCAAUAUGGCGGGUUAUCCUCAAAGAUUUGAAUUAAUUUAUUAUAAGAUUGAACGCAGAGCUGGUAGAUAUAGAGUUUUACUAGAGUAGGUAAAUAGGGCAGUUGGAUGAAAACCGCCCACUUUUAACACGCACUCUUCAUCGGCGUUGUCGUUAAUAUAAAGCACAAGCGCCUGACUUCCAGCAGACCUUUGGUUAACCCAAUCGUGGCGUUGCAUUGUCGGUCGACUGUCAGGCACUGAAAGGGGUUUUGCAUAUCUGUUGCAUUUUUUCUGUAGGGUCAAUACCGCAAUGAGUAACGUUGACAAUUACUUAAGAUACAGAAAUAUGUGCCUUGAUUGACUUGGGUAAACCCAAUUACAUAUUUCAGACAAACAGACGAACUUAAUACAUGCAUUCACAUUGGUUCAGCCUAUGAAAAGGGCAGCGCCUGAAACGAAUUCGCUCUGGUGUCUUUUCAAGCGCCUUCAGGUGUCGAUCUUUCGCAUGCUAGCACGCCUCGUCGCUCCUUAUAGAUCUAUUGCACCCGCUACGUCUCGUAACCUACAGCGGGUAUUAAACAACAAAUUACGUCGUCCACCCAAAGCAAAGUGUUAAAUAAGUAUCAUUUACCAAAAUAAAGCUGGCAGUAGGUAUUCUGACUACUGAUGUGCUGUGUACUAUACCGUAACUCGGCUGCAUUGUUUGUACGCAACACUCAAACUACACAUUGCUAUGGGCUUGAUAUUUGGGUAAAAUUGUGAGGGCUGAAUAUUGAUAGGUAUUCGGACUGUUUUUAUUCAAUUGUUUGUUUAAUAACUUUGUAUUUGGUUGCACCAUAACUGCAUGUUUUCGGAAUAUUUCGUAUAAAAUAUGCAUUGAUUUACCAUAAAACUGAUUAGCCUCAUCGAUCACUGACUAUGUUUGCCUUAGCUAGUGUCUCUGUUAAUUUGUUUUAGAAUGUAUAUAAUCUUUAAAAACCUUGAUUUGAAAAUAAAAAAUAUAUAUAUAUACAUUGUUGGAAUCACAACCUUGGGUAUCUUUAAAGAGGUGUGUUUGCUUAUUUCCGAGGAAAAGCCUAAUUUGAAAAUCCCCAUAUAUUCAAACUUUAUUUUGAGCAGCGUUGGAAACAGUCGAACAGAUACACUGAGUUUGGUUUGGUUAACUUUGAGAAGGCUAAGUUCAGUAACCUGUGUUUUGUAAAACUUAUAAAAUCUUAAUGAGUCAACGAUAAAUUGAUCUUUCCAGUGUGGUUACUUAA